GGGUGGGCGCGAAUAUUGGACCCUCACCACCGAAUCCUCUCGUCACCUCACGUCAAGGACCGCGACUGAUUGGAGGCGUCUCUUGCCAAGAUGGACACGUCCUACUGGUCCAUCUCCAGCAUUUUAGCAGAUUCCUCCCGUAUACCCUGCACAUUCAACCUAGAUGUGCCCAACCUCUCCCACCUACGAGGAGAUUCUUCGGUGGACAAUCAGUUCCAAUCCUCGCAAGCUUCCGCCUCAUCUUCCUCUCAAAUGGACGACUCGUCAGACACCAUUCGCGAGAAGUCACGACUGGAGCUUCCCUUCUGGCUGGCAGAAAUGCUCGCUUUGAAUGAUAUCGUUUCGCCCUCUCUGCCCCGCCCCUACUCUCAGCGCGUUCGCAACGCAUUGAACGCGGACGCCAAGAGUGUACAGCUGCGCAGCCAAGCCAAUUGGUGGUACGCUCUCGGUGUGCGGCUGGCUAGUUUGGAACGACAGGGCACGGACAGUCAGACUUUGCUGCUUGAGGUACUGAGCACGACAUACUCAGCUCGGCUGGCCAGCACGUACGACGCUGCUUUACAUGUUGCUUCUUCCUCGAGAGGAGGUGGUGGAGGGUUGGACGAUGAGGAAACCGUAGCAGGGCAAGGGGACGCGACGACGGCGAACAGUAGUGGUGGAGGUGGCUUCGGAAGUAGGCCGUCGAAUGUGGCCAUGAGUGCCGAGUUGGUCGACUUUGUCAAUGGGUUGGACGAGAGUGAGAAGCUUGUGCUACGAAGAGCUCACGACGCUUCUGCGGCGAUGCGAUACUAUCUCGCUGGCCGCAAUUGAGCGUCAGCCUCUCCGUCUCGUCCGCCAUGAUACCAUGCCCAAUUGCAGUGUAACAACAGUAGCAUCAUCACCAUCGUCACCUCUUCGACUUUAUGCUUUCUUUGUGUGCGAUACAAGUACAAGAAUGCGCACGCGCUUUCCCCUUCUGUUACCAUAGCGUUGGUAAACUUCCCGUCCAUCCGCUCUCGAUCCACGCCUAAUUCUUCACUCCCUCCUGGUUAGUCCCCAACUUCGCCACCCUAUAGUACACAUCCAUCCCGUGUCCAUCCAAACUCCUGAAGUUCAGGCUUCCUCCAAAAUACUCAGCAUA